AAAUGAGCAUGCAAAAUCUAUAAUCUAAUGUGUUUAUAUAUCAUUUUUAUUUAUUAAUCUGUUGUACAUAAACAUGAUAUGCAUUGGAUUGACUAUGAUUUAUAGCAGAAUCACAAAGUCAAGUAACAUAAAAAGAUUAAUACUAUUUAAAAGUCACAAACAUUGUCUUUCAGUACUGUCAAAAAAUCAUAACCUCUGAUUCUCUUACACUAUAAAUAGUUUUAAUUGAUUUUUUGAUAAUUGUGAAAAUAUAUAAGAACCUGUUAAAAAUUUAUAAGACGGUUCAAAUGAAUAUUUAGUACUUUAAUAUUUUAUAAAGCAAGACUAAUAAUCAAAUGUUUAACUUUAUUUCAAAAGAAUAAUAAUAGAAACACAUUAGAUAAGUCAACUGGUAAACAAUCAAAUGUAGGUCAAUAUCAAAUUGAUGUUUUGAUGAGAGGAUUUCUACUCAUGACACUAUUUGAUUCCACCGAGACACUGACAACGUGUGACAGCUUGAAAAAAUGACAUUUCAAGUACAGGGAUUAAGUUGGAUAUUUACGUUAAGCUCUUCAAGGUGAUAAAUUCAUUAUAAAUGACAUGAAAUGAGAUUUCUUCGUAUAUAAAUUAUAAACUAUUUUAUGACUUAAACAAUGAAAAAAUAUAAUAUAUACAAUAUCAUGAAUGAGCUUUGCAAUAUGCUUCAUAGGAUCAUAAUGUAUAUGAAGAAACUAUAAAAGGCUGUAUGCACUUUGAUGUAUUUUAUAUUCACUUAAAGCUUAUUUUACAAAAUUGGUAAAUCAGUUAUCAUUUUCAUAGAAAUGUUGGAAAUAUUUUAACAAUUUAAUCAUUUUACUGAAUAAUUGAUUAGAUAGAAUACAUAUUUAUGAUCGCAAAGUGCAAGUGUGAUAUGAAAAUUCUCCAAAACUAAUCGGUCAUAUCGACAUUUUAUUUUUGUGUAAACAAACUUUUUAUUUAAUUAAGUGUUUUUAGAAUAUUGGAUAAUUUUUUAAUUAAAUUUUAGAUCAAUAACUAGCAUAUAUUUUGACAAUCAUGGCCUUAAACAAUUUUGAUUCUAAAGAGAAUUAUUACGAACAAAUUUUACGAAAAAGAUUUAAUGAUAAAAGUAUCAAAGUCAAGGAAAUAUUGGAGAAGGAUGCAGAUAUAGAGAAAGGAACAAAUUAUUGUAGUGUAUUAAAAAGAUUAUCAAUUAAAUAUUCUUGCUCAUCUUAUUCUAAAUUAAGUUCUAGAAAUGAAAUUGAAAAUAUCCUUCAUUUAAUUAUCAAAGAAGAACUAGCUGAAGGAAUAUGGUCAAAAGAGUUACAAGCACUGAAAAUAUUUAAUAUUGAAUCAACAGUUUUAAAAAAAAUUUUACCUAAAAUUGAACAUCUUGUUGGAUUAAAAAUAGGUCCAACAUUUAUACACGCGACCUCUGAACCAAGUACCAUCACAAUGGAUGAUCUAGAAGUUUCCGGAUUUCGAAAUGUGAAUCUUUUAAGAGGAUUUUCCGAGUCUCAUGUACUGAUGGUGAUGGAAACUAUUGCAAAGUUUCAUGCUGGCUCGGUUGCUUUCAGUGAAAAGGAGCCAAAAUGUCUAGAACAAUUUGACAAAUAUUUUCCAUCAGAUAUCAAGCAUCCGAAUUUUUUCAGAAUGAUUGAGCAUAGUAUCAGUUAUCUUGGUGAGAUUAUUAAUGAAUGGAAUGACGAGAACUGUAUAAAAGCAGCUCCGAAGAUUAAAAAACUGGCCAUAAACAUUUGUGAAAAUCUGAAAGCAAUUAUUGAAUGUGAUCAUAAUGAGUUUCAAGUGCUCAAUCAUGGCGAUUGUUGGUUAAAUAAUAUAAUGUUUAAAGAGAAUGAAAUUGGUGAACCACAAGAAGUCAGAUUAGUGGAUUAUCAAAUGUGUAACUGGUCAUCUCCAGCAAUAGAUCUAUUGUAUUUCUUAAACUUGUGUCCAGAGCCAAAUAUCAAGUGUAAUUUAGAUGACUUUUUUAUCACAAAAUAUCUAGAAACUCUCAAUGGAACGAUGGAAGAGUUGAAAUGCAGCAGAAAAUCAUUGACUUUUAGUGAACUACAAAAUUCCAUGAUCAAAAGAAAAGCUUUAGCUCAAUUAACUGGACUAGUAUAUUAUCCAAAAAUCAUAGCUGAUCAAAAAGACGUUAAUUCAAUUGAUGAGAUCUUAGAGCAAGAACGUUGGGGUUUAGAAGUAUAUAAAAAUCCAGAAGCAAUAAAGACUUUAAGAAAAGUGAUCCCAAUAAUGAACGAACGUGGAUACCUUGAUUAUUGUGCAAACAGCAUUAAUACGCAGUUGCGAGUUGUCAGAGGUAACUCGAUCAGUGUGAACAUUCGUCUGAUCAUGAACACUUCGACGAUACCGGUAAAUCGAAAAUUUGGAAUGCUAUCCAACUCUAUUGAAGAUAUCAUAAGAAAGGAUGAAAUAGUAUUUGAAAAUAUUAACUGGACAAAUAUAAUUUUUGAAAAAAUUCUUCAGAAUGGAUUGCGAGACGGAACAAUUCAAGAUGUGGCGAUGGUCAAUAAGCGAGCAGCAUGUGCAAAGGGGCAGAAUUUUCUCAGUCAGUUGUGGAGAUUUUCAUUAAGAUAUACUUGUAUUGAAAAAGACAAAUCAAAUGAACGAGUGGAGAAAAUAAUUCAUCUAAUAUUAAAAGAAGAACCUUUACCAGGAUUUGGAUUAGAUUAUAUUAGAGAAAAUGACAUAUUUAAUGUUGAGUUGAUGGUAUUUAAAAAUGUACUACCUGUUUUGGAGCGACUCGUCGGACGAAAGUUUGCGCCACGAUUCUUUUGCGGAUCAAUGCAACCACCAACAAUUAUACUAGAAGACUUGAAUUCUUGUGGAUUUAGUAACAAGUGCCGUCAAGAAGGUUUAUCAAAAGCCCAUAUGCUAAAAGCCAUCGAAGCUAUUGCUCAAUUUCAUGCUGGAUCUGUUGCUUUCAAUGAAAAGCAACCUGGAUACCUUCAAAGUUUUAUAUCAAGAGCCGUAUCGGAAGAAACUCACAUCAACAUGUACAACUUUUUGGAUUUUAUCAUUGAGAAAAUAGCUGACAAAAUUCGUGGAUGGCCAGAACCAUGGGCUCAAUUAGCUUCUGAUAAGUUGAAAAAACUUCUAGCGACGCAACGAAAACGAAUUCUUCAAGUCACUGAGUAUAGUGAUGAUGAAUUUUGCGUUUUAAACCAUGGCGAUUGUUGGAUCACAAAUAUUAUGUUUAAAGAAGAUGAAAAUCACACUCCAAUUGAUGUUAGACUGUUGGACUAUCAACUAACGGUGUGGACUUCACCAGCAGUAGACUUACACUACUUCCUCAAUACCUGUCCUGAAGUGAAGCUUAAAGUAGAUUACGACGAUUUUUUUCUGGAAAAAUACUUGAAGACUCUGACAACAACUAUGAAGAAUUUAAACUGCAAAACAAAACCACCAACUAUGAAAGAUAUCAAGAAGUCGAUGUACAAAAGAAGAAUUUAUGGAAUCAUGUCUGGACUGAUAUUCUUCCCAAGAAUGAUAGCAGAUACAUCGGAUAUUGAAGGACUCGAUGAAUGUCUCACAAAAGGAACAACGAAAAUGGAUAUUUUCAAAAAUCCACGAGCUGUAAAAGCUUUAAAAAAGAUGAUCCCUUCGAUGCUAGAGAAGGGAUACUUAGACUAGAUAAUUUGGAUGAAUAAAUAAUAAAAUAAUAAUCAACUUUGAUUGAGUGAAAAAAAUUUUAAGAAGCAGCCUUUCAUUUUAGAAAAUUAGAAACUCGAAAACAAAUGGAAAAUGUGAAUUCUAGGAAACAUAAUAAAUAGAAGGAUAACAACCCUUACGCAACAGAGGUUCUUUUUUCUUGAAGACCUAUUUUCAAGUGCACAGCAUGUUGUGGAAGUAAAUUUUUACGCAGGGCUACUGUCUAAGAGUGCAGAAAAACAGUAACAUUGAUUUAUUGUAGGGCAGUAAAGCAGUAGGUAAAACCCCGCGGUGUUCGCCUUGGUAACCUACAUCGUGAACAUAGAAAUUGUUGUGGCAAGCCUCGAUGGGUGGCUUUAGAUCCUGAGAAUAGAAGAGAGAAGUGCAGAUGAGAUAGAAAAGAGCCACGAAGAGUUUGUCUCCAAGAGUGAAAAAAGAAAGGUCAAAAGAUGCUAAGAGGUAUCUCUCAUGGCAAAUUUCUCUUUGCUUUUUCAUUCUUUCCUCCGUAUCCCCCAGCACAGCAGCCUGUCAAUUUAUGUACCCGCGCGUUCAUCUAGUCAAGACGUCAGUCAGUCACUCGGUCGUGCAACCACCUAUAAGCAGUAAAUCAAUGCUAGUGGUCAACCCAGGGCUACUGGGUUGUAAAGUAAGGCCACGGUUAAAUCGAAAUCAGUAGCUUGAUUUUGGUGUCUCUGGGGGCAUUUUCAACUCCAAAGAUAAUAGACCUGUGGAAAGUCAAGGCUACUGGACGACUUGACAAAAAAGAAUAUGAGAAAGUCUGAAAAACAGGAGCUACACGCUUUAAUAUUCGUGGUAUCCAGGUUACUCGGUCGUCAAUACCAUGAAAAUUCCAGUAGCUUGCAACGCAUAUUAGUCAUGUCGAGAGAGAAAAUGCUUAUGGGGUGCAAAGAAAAUUGCUCUUUUUUUUCAAAUACUAUUUCUAUCACCUAAAUAUCUGUGGUAUGAAUAAUAUUUCUGUACAAACUUUUUUAAAUUUAUUUGUCUAAUAGUUCUUACUAAUCAUCCAUAACACUGAUUUGGACAAAUUUCUAGUAGACUACUGUGAAGAGAAUUGUUGUAGAAAUAUGUGAAGAAUAUUAAUAACUUUCAUUUAUCAUCAGUGAAAAAUACAUCUAGCCAGCAUUUAAUAAAUAUAAGAUACUUAAAAAUAACACCUCUUUUAUGUUUGUUAUAUUAAUAUUAAUAACAAUAAGAAAUUUUAAGUUCUCAUGAAGUCAGUGAGCUGGAUCGAAUUUAACCUAUGUCAUAAAUACCUUAGGUAAUCCUGCGAUUUGUCAAGUACGAUGGCUCGAUUGAAUCUCCCGCUGACGAUCCGUCAUCGUCUUCCGUUGAAUAACCACAAUACAUUCGUCUUUCAGUAUUGAUUAGGAUGGUGGCCGUUUCAAUUGAUUAAUUUACCGGAAUAAUUGUUUUAUAUGAGAACGGACAUUUCAAAUUACGAAAUAAAUGUAGAAUGGCCGAAGGGUUGAUCCUAGAAUACAAAAAGAGAUUACGAUACUAUGAUACAGAAAAGUGGAAAAAUUUUUAUUCAGUUUUUUAAGUGCCACCCACAUUUUCUAUUGUUGAAUAAAAAAAAAUGACAGUAACAUAUUUUCUGUUAUUCAAAUAAUUGUUUAAUUGAAUAUGACUGAAUGUUUAAAAAGAAUUUUUUUUAUCAUAU